AUGAACAACAACUCUACCACCGGCGUCCACCUCUCGCUCCCGGGACUCGGCAACAAGGAGAAGCCCGGGCAUCUCAAGGAACACAGAAUCCCGGGUUUGGGCUUCCUUCCCAACAAGACUCGUAACCACUUCAUUGCAAUGGUCGGCGAAUUUAUUGGCACCUUCCUCUUCCUGUUCUUCGCCUUCAGUGGCACACAGGUCGCCAAUGCCGCCGCAACGGGCGCCAAUGCCGGAGACUCAACCCUGGCUCAAGUUCCCAAUGCUAGUGUCCUGGUGUACAUUGCGCUGGCCUUUGGUUUCAGCUUGGCCGUGAAUGCCUGGGUCUUCUUCAGAAUCAGCGGCGGUCUCUUCAACCCUGCUGUCACUCUCGGCUUGGCCCUGAUUGGCGCCAUCACUUGGGUGAGGGCGCUUGUUACUUUUAUCGCUCAAAUCCUAGGUGCCAUGGCUGCCGCUGCCGUCGUGUCGGCAUUGUUUCCUGGACCACUCGCAGUGGCGACGGCGCUUGGUAGUGGCACGUCUAUCGCACGAGGACUGUUCAUCGAAAUGUUCCUGACUGCGGAGCUCGUCUUCACCAUCUUCAUGCUCGCUGCCGAGAAGCACAAGGCCACAUUCAUUGCACCCAUUGGCAUUGGGCUUGCUCUCUUCAUCGCUGAGCUUUCGGGCGUCUUCUUCACCGGUGGUGCGUGCUCCCUCAAUCCUGCCCGAUCGUUCGGACCUUGCGUCGUGCUGCAUUCUUUUCCCGGAUACCACUGGAUUUACUGGUUGGGCCCUCUGCUGGGCACACUUCUCGCCGUUGGGUUUUACCGAUUCGUCAAGCUCUUGGAGUACGAGACUGCGAACCCGGGCCAAGACUUCAAUGAACAAGAGGCCGAGCACUUUGACUUCGACGAGGACAAUGCUGCCUCUGCUGCCGACGUUGCUCGACCGGUGGUGCCGCAAGAUAGUAGUAUCAGCUCGACAAUCGACAGACGUGACACGCAACAGAUGCCCGAUUAUGCCGAUCGCCGCCCACAAUCUAGUGGUGCAUAUGGCAGCCCGCAAGUAGGCUACGGAGGACCUCCAAACGCCGGUCAUGUUCCUGGAAUCGCAAGCGGUCGUCCAGGCACUGGUACUAGCACUGUGGACAACGCUCCCAAGACUCACGUAGAUGUCGACCCGCAGAGGCUCGAAGAUGGGAUGCAUCCGGGUUUUGGCGUCCGCAAAUAG